UAUAACAACUUCAUCUGAUUUCCAAGUGUUUUCAAGAAAACAAAGCAAGAAGAAAAUGGCUGACAACUCUCAAAAGAUGAGCUACCAUGCUGGAGAGGCCAAGGGCCAAGCUCAGGAGAAGGCCAGUGGGAUGAUGGAUAAGGCUAACAAUGCAGCCCAGUCUACCAAGGAGACAAUGCAAGAUGUUGGUCAGAAUGUGCAGGCGAAGGCUCAAGGAGCUGCUGAUGCAGUCAAGAAUGCCACUGGCAUGAACAAAUGAAGCUGCUCAUGAUGAUCAUUUUCAUGACUUUUAAUGACUUUAUAGAGUUAAGAUGAUGGCAAACUUUCAUUGAGUUUUAUAGACUUUUAUGUAAUUUUUUCUUUCUUUCUUACCC